UUAAGUCCGUUAGACGUACGUUACUUAAUUGAUCAAAUUUAAGACGCAUAUUAGUUUAUGGAAUUUAUUGUAGUGCAAAAGUCAAUAUUAUAUUUAAUUUAAAGCUGGACAAGUAAAGUGAUCGCCAUGCUGUUAACAAUAGCAUUACUCGCCGUGGCCCUGUUUCUAGUUUAUAGUUUCUACCACAACUCCUACACCUAUUGGGCCCGGAAGGGAGUUCCUCAUGAGCGACCUUUUCCGCUGAUUGGCAAUAUGAUGGGAAUUGGCUCAAAGUACCACUUCCGGGACAUCAACCAGAGGAUCUACGACAAGUUCAAGGGCAAGGCUCCCUUUGCGGGGAUGUUCAUGUUCUUCAAGCGAACGGCCAUGAUCACUGAUCUGGACCUGAUCAAGCAAGUGCUUAUAAAAGACUUCAAUCACUUUCAAGAUCGUGGCCUAUUCAACAAUACGCGAGAUGAUCCCUUGACAGGACACCUUCUGACUCUGGAGGGCGACGAGUGGAGGUCGAUGAGGCAGAAGCUGACUCCUGUUUUCACCUCCGGCAAGAUCAAGCACAUGUCGGGAGUGGUUGUGGAGGUGGGUCAGCGCCUGGCCGACGCCAUGGAUAAGGCAGUGGAGGCUGCCAAAGUGGAGGACGGCGAUGUGGAGAUCAAGGACCUGUGUGCCCGGUUCACCACGGAUGUAAUUGGUUCCUGUGCCUUCGGACUGGAGUGCCAUAGUCUCCAGGAUCCCAAGGCCGAAUUCCGAAAAAAGGGUCGCAUAAUCUUCGAGAAACCCCGCCACACUAUGCUGGUGCAAUCCUUUAUAUUUACCAAUGCCAAGCUAGCCAAAAAGUUGCGGAUGAAGGUAUUACGGGAUGAUCUGACCAAAUUCUUCAUGUCGGCCGUAAAAAACACCGUAGAUUAUCGCCUCAAGAAUGGCAUAAAGAGAAACGACUUUAUGGAUCUGUUGAUAGAGCUCCGAGCCGAGGACCAAGAAGCGGCUAAAAAGGGUCAGGGUAUCGAUCUGUCCCAAGGACUGACCCUGGAGCAAAUGGCAGCCCAGGCUUUUGUGUUCUUCUUAGCUGGCUUCGAGACCUCCUCCAGUACCAUGGCCUUCUGUUUGUACGAACUAGCUCUCCAGCCUGAUAUUCAGCAGAGGGUCAGAGAGGAGAUAGGAAGUGUUCUGGGGGGAGGCGAGAUCAUCUAUGACGCUUUAGCCGAAAUGACCUAUCUGGACCAAGUGCUGGCAGAAACUCUGCGGAAACAUCCCAUUGUUGCCCAACUUCUGCGCCAAACUAAUCAGAGCUACAAAGUUCCCAAUACAGAGUUGAUAAUCGAGAAGGGAACCACAGUGAUUAUACCUAUCCACAACAUUCACCAUGAUGCGGACUUGUAUCCCGAACCAGAACGCUUCGAUCCCAGUCGCUUUGAUCCAGAGGAGGUGAAGGCCCGCCAUCCAUUUUCGUAUCUUCCAUUCGGCGAUGGACCCCGUAAUUGCAUCGGCUUGCGAUUUGGCAAAAUGCAGGCCAAGAUAGGCAUUGUGUCCCUGCUCCAACGCUUCAAGUUCGGCGUUUCGAAAUCCACACAAGUCCCCUUGACUUUGGACACUCGCAGCCCCUUUUUGUCCACCAAGCAUGGCGUUCAUUUGAAAGUUGAACGCAUCUAGGCAAUGCAUUUUCAAAACACAAAGUUGCGGGAAAACAAAUAAAUCCGCAUAAUCCAUAUUGUACAUUGUGCUAGGCUUUGUGAUAUGAUUAACUUCUCUAAAACUUCUCUUUAUCUCGUUUCUUAAUACUCAAAUUUUAAAAUGUAGGCCGUUGUUUCUUAAGUGUACUCGGACCACAUUGUUUACAUUUUAUGUUUAUUACCCUCCUUACGUGCCAUUUGACAAUAUUCAUGAACAUAUUUCUCCAAUCAAAAGAUUCCCGUUCAAAUAUGCUAGGAACAAGUGUCUAAAUUUGCUUAACUCUAUGUGAAUAGCGCCCUUAUUUAUAAGUUUACUUGUAGCAUUAGGAUGAAAUUUUUAUAAUAAAUAAUAUAAAUGAUCUGAGUAGCCUAAAAUUGGUUCUCCAAUCCAUCCCGAAUGUUUUGGACUCUAAACUCUUUUCAUGAAGCCUUGAAUUAGCUAGUAAUAAUGUACUUAUAAUCACUGUACUUAAAAGCUAUAAAAUAGUAGAUAUGCACUAAAUAUUCCUGAUUAGGAAUGUUAUUUUACUUGUUGUUCUCAAUUUUUGAAGAGCUAUAUAAAAUGACUCAUUUGUGUA